GUGAAAUACGCAAGAUACUUUCAACAACGGAGGAUGGUGACGCUCAUUGUGGCUCAAACGCAACAAACGGAAGCGCGCCAAAAUACUGCUUCACCACGUGCUACUUGCGAUAAUGAAAUGCAACCAGGGAAUGUUUAUUCUAAUGCUGCGGUAGUCGAUGUGGGUGAUGUUACUCCUCCUUUGCCAUUUGAUGCUCCGCCGCCCUACAACUCUUCGACAUUUGAGCAAAGCAAAAAUUUUAAUGAAGAACCAGCCAACGCGGUCGAAAUGCAAACAGGAAGUUCCACUCCAAAUUCGCGCCGCUGGGCUCCCUUCAAAGAGGAAGAAGUGUCUCUUCUCCCAACUAUUUCUGGUACACAACCCGAAGGUGCAGAGGAGUUUAAGCAACACUGAGGAAUGAAGACAACCAGUAAGGAAAAACGGCCAACGAGUUAUGUAGAAGAAGUUUUCAUGAUGCACAUCAAAUGAGAUACGGUUCGAUGACUGUUUUUUAAUCUAUGCAUUUAUAUCACUUUUGUGUUUUGUACGAUUGUUGUAGCUCUUGUAUGAAUCACCUUUAUUACGGUAUUCUCAACCCAUUAACUUCUUAAAUACUCCGAAAAAUAUAGAGAAACAUAAUGAUGUAAGAUCGCACAGAAACUGAAUUUUUAUCUUUAGCCCUUUAACUCCUAAAAGUGACUAGCAUAUAAAUCUCUCCUUACAGUGUUAAAUCAAACAUUAAUGUGUCAAGAAUAAAGGAAAUAAUCACCAACUUAAGAAGCUCUCGGUUGUUAAACAAAUUUUCCUUAUCAGUACCUUAGAAAAAGUUUAGAGAACAGCAUGGAUAUAAUUUUCACACUGAUGUGAGGGUGUAUAGGGCCAAAAAGUAUUGCGCUGCAUGCAAAGCUCGAGAGGUUCAAUUGAAAAAUAAUUUCCAUCACUCUCUCCCUCCAUUACUACUUCAACGGCAAACAAAAAUAAAAAGUUCGGCAAAAUUUACGACAAUAAAUUCAAGUUAAUCUUUGCCAUAACUCGUGGAUUGUCCGAGUCUUGUGUUGUGGUAGUGCUCUUUGAGACCUACAAUAGACGAACAUGUCUAGAAAGUUCAUAUCAUAAAUAAAACCAACGGCUUUCAUGCAAAAAUAUCUUGCAUAUGAUUACCCUUAUUCGCUCGACCGAGGUUAUUUACAUGAGGCGUCAUUAUGCUUUGUCCAAGUGCCUUCAUUACUACUGUAGUGAUCCAAAUAUCGCCUCAUGACUCACAUGUUUUGACUUUCGCCUUGCUUAGACCUCGCAAACUGGUAUCGGGUAUUUUACUAGUGCGGUCUGUUCAAAAGAAUGCAGCCACACGCUCACAUUUUAACACUGUAGCUCUGUUUGAGCCACGUGACUUGAAUUGAUCAGCUCUAAAAGCCGCAUAAAAGAAUUUUAUUCCAUAUUCCUCGCGGCAGGAAAUUAGUUCUUGGUUCGGUUUCCUAGCAUGGUUUUGAAGUAAACGGUAUCAGCGAUAGCUGAAGGCGUGCGUGCGGCGAUUCAUACAGUACUGCUCAACUACACCAUGCGUUUGCGUGAUAAAAUGUAACCAGGAUCUACCCGCUAAAAUAUUACUGCUAUAGAAGCGGAAAACAUAUCGCUUCCUUUGCCACUGAAUGCACUGUCACCUCACAGUUUCCUAGAACUCGAGCGGAGAAGAAAAGAUACGGAAGAUCAACGAGAUGUUAUUGAAAUGAAACGAGAAAGUUCUGUUGCCAGUGGUUGCGUAUUUGUUUUUAUGAAGGAGGAAAAUUGUCCAUUUUUACCGUUUGUUGCUUCGCUACCCCAAAGUUCUGCGGGAUUUGAAUUGCAAAGAUAUGAAAAUAACGAGGUGAAGUAAUCAUCUUAUAGCGGUAGUGACGAAGAAUUCCUUCAGUCAGAGCAAAUGCCUUGUGACUAAUUAUAGCAUUGAUCUAUAGAUUCGGCCGUUGCAUUUUCACCGAUCAUUACUGAUGAGUGGCACACUAUGAACUUCUAGUGCCAAUGACUUCUAUUCAUCGCGAAUCAUAUAAAAUCAUGUAGAAAAAACAUUGAUUCGUACUUUUCUGAAACGAUUACCUCUCUCUAUAAGUUCAGUUGUACUCUUUGAAGCUCUUUGGAGGUAUUUUUGUUCGCUAAGCGCAUUGAAAUUAUGCUGAUUCAAUCGUGAUUUAUCAUGCAUCAUAAGAGUCCUCGAUCAUAACCUAUUACAAACAGAGCGCUUGCCAGUUCUCUCGCAGUAUGUUCCUUUAACUCGUGCUCCCCAUGACAAAAGGUUGUAUAUCCCAUGGUCAAUGUUAUAUUUAACACUUUUGGUUCAUUCAUUUUUUUUCGGUUGAAAGACGACUUAAGAAUAACAAUGUAUGCCAUUCCCGCGGUGGUUUCAAAGAACUGCUCCCUUUUAAGUCCUAAUGUAAUUUUAAAUGCAAGCAAAUAUCGCAAACAAAGGUACAUUUACUCAUGACAGUCAAAACGCAAUUGUACCAUACAAUAAUAUCUAGAAUGGUAUACAAGGCUUAGUUUUUAUCAGACGUAUUUAUACGUGGGAGACAAAUAACGAUCAUCAACGUUUGAGGCAAAAAUUGAUUCAUGUAUAAUGAACAGUCCCUCCACUCCCCUCCCCUCCACCGUGCCAGCGAAAACGUCACUUCCGGGUCAGUGUAAUGACGCGACCUUGCUUCAGAUGGGCAGGAUGUAUUCACCGAUGAAUGAAAACGAUGUUCCAGGUUUAGAACACACACAAUUGGCUACGAAACAAUCACAAUUAGUCUGUAUUGCUAUAAAGCAGUGACUCUGUUGUUAAAAGGUUAUUUACAUUGUCGCUCGUGCGCCCAUUAGUGCAGAGAUCGUUAUCUCAAAUAUCACCUAAUGGCUUACUUCAAGUCUCUCUCGUUAGGCUUGGCCUUCAUCUGUUUUACUUCCACUGUCUUAUCUCACUAUUGCCACCACGAUGGGCAAUGUGAGGGAGUUAAAGUGUGCUGCGCAAAGGGUAUGUGCACUUAUUCGUGGCUUUGCGUCUGGUGUAAGGACGACUCCGAUUGCUCUGGCGGGAAAAAAUGCUCUUUACAUCUCAGUGAUGACCGGAGUUUAUGUGUUAGUCCUCCAGUAACUCUGGCACCACCUCUCACUCCCUUUACGCGCGCAAAACCUUCAACAAUGUCAGAAGAGCAUGUACAUGAUGAAAAUUGUUCCACAGACGACGAUUGCCUGAGUUCUCAUGUGUGCAGAGACGGAAAGUGUGUCCAUCCCCAAGAGGACAAAAAUCUUGUGAACCGUUCUCCGCUGAUACUCGCAGCCUCGCUCAUCGUCAUUGCCAUUUUAAUGAUUUUCAUAUUAUGCUCAUUUUUCUUGCACAAGAGAUUUAAAAGAGUCCCACAUGAAAGUCAAACUGAAAUCUCAAGGAAUCCGCGCCUAGCUGCAAACACAAAUCAUGAAACUAAUGCUGCCCUGCGAGCGGAGGAUGUGUUUGUUGAUAUACCGAUGGAAGAAGUUUCUCCUCCGUUGCCGGCCGAUGGGCCCCCUCCUUACAAUUCUCUAAAAUUCGAACAACAAGGACACGGAAGCGACGAAGGAGAACGUGUGAAGAUGCAAUCAGGAAGUUUUGCUUUUGAUGGUGACACUGGCUGUGAAGCAGUGUCUCAUCUUCCGUCUGACGCACCACCACCUUACGACUCAUUGGAAUUUGAGCAACCAGGAGAUGGAGAGAACGGCAAAGAUACAGGACCAGAUAUUACUAAAUUGUGA